GCAUUCACCAACACAAACAUAACCGCAAAUGUUCUAUCAAAACAAAACAGAACCGGUGAAAAAGCUUGCAGCACUGUUUACAAAUGGCUCCGUUACCAUGCAAACGAAACGAACCAAAACUAAACACUUUUCGUCGAGUUUUUCACUGGAACAGGCGUUCUUUAGAUUGCAAAUCCGUAAUUUCUUAAAAAGCAAUUAAACAAUGGAAGAUUACAACAAUAACUCUUCGUCCCGGUCGUCCUCAGAACGACCAACGUCUCGUCGCGGCGGAGGAAUGAGAGAAACUGGCAUGUUCAACGCGUACAACGACUCUUCCUCGCCGAGUCCAAUUGGAAUUCUGAGACCGGGAACGGCCAUGAAAGCUCCAUCGGUUGUCCGCGGGGGAACCGCAAGCCGGCUGGUGGCCAACAGUGUCCAUUCGACAAACUCUUCGGCUUCGGCUCAGAGAAUCGGAACGGCACUGGGAAAUGCUGGAAACCGAAUGACCGAUCGGCCCAUAACCCAACAUGGUAUCAGCGGGUUAUCGACCUCCUACGGUCGAAUUGGUACCGCCAGCGGAAACCGUCAAAUCAAAGACAAACGCUACUGGCAAGCUGUUCUGCAAAGUAAAAUUCAAGAAAUUACCCAAGAAACUGACAAACUUCUUAAAGAAAAGAAAUUUCUGGAUCGAGAAAAAUCCGCCCGCAAACUAUACGAAAAGAAGGUCAAGGACGCUGCCAAGGAGUUAACCCAGCUGCAGUCAACCCUAACCUCAAUGAACAUCGCACUUGACAACUGCAGCUCAGGAAUGAGCCGCCAACAGCUUCAGAACGAAACGGUUGCCCUACGUGAGCGGAACGAACGCAUCCAGGAACAGCUGGAGAUUGUGUUCAAGCAACGCCAGAUCAAGGACACUGAAAACCGUGAACUCGAGGUCGAAACGGAAAGAGAGAAGAACAAGAUCAACGAAAUGAUCUACUCGCUUUCCGAGAGCGACCAGAAGAAGUACCGAGAGUUCCAGACGUUGUCGGAAAGCUUGAAGCAGCAGAACACGAUCUUUCACAACCAAAUCAGCGAGCUGGAGAAGCAAAAGGAGCGUCUGAACACGAUCAUUAUGAACUCGCAGACGCGCACGGAAGCGCAUCGGUUGAAGACAAAGCUGAAGGAACUGAUUGCCAAGCGCAACCAGAUGCGUGACGAAGAGAACAAUCGACUGUCGCCAGCACAGGAGCGUGAGAAGCUGAUCAACGAAGUUCGUUCGAACAACCAAGCGCUGGCAAGCAUUGGCAAGCAACUCAAGAUUAUCGAGGAUCAAUUGAAUGAAAAGAAAGAAAUGUUGCAGCAGAUCGACCAAGACCUUGAGGAAGGCAACUCUGAACGCCACAUCAAGUACAAGGAGCUCAAGAAGCGUGACGAAGUGAUGUCCGCUUUUAUGGACACAUUUCAGCAGAGCAUGGCCACUGAGAAGCAGAACGUUGAAUCACUGAAAAAUCAAAUAACAUUCGCCAUCGAGCAGAUAACUCUUCAAGGAAUCAACAUGAAAACACUCGGUUCCGAUAGACUAGAAAGUGCCGGUUUCACCGCCAAGAACGAUCUCAAUUCGCACUCCGGUCUCAUCAAGGAGUACAAAAAGCUGGGCAUCCAGCUCAAACAGCUGCAGAUACUGGAGAAACGAACCAUCGGUCAGCUGUCGGAGUUGCGUCAAGAGGAAACGGAAGCCCUCGGAAACAUCCAGAAGUUCAGCAACUUGGAAGCACCCAGGUCGGAGGCGAUCGUCAAGAUGAGUGAACUAACGGGAACGCUGCAGGAGCUGGAGGACAAGAAGCGGGUCACGGAAAACGUGGUCGACGAGGCGAAGAAGCGCAACCAGGAGAUCAAGAUCAACUUGAAGAGCAAUGAGACGUAUCGGCAGAUUUCGCACCUGGAGGAUAAGCUGGUCGAUUUGAUCAAGGAAAAUAAAUCAAUGCAGGAUGUUGUGGAGCAACUUCAGAAGGAGUGCGAUUAUUCAGUUCUACAACACGAUGUGGAGCAAUUGCUAGACGAACAUAACAAUUUGUUGUGUUCCGAAAUGAACAACAAUGCUGCAAGUCGUAUCUGAAGGAGUUUGAAAAAUCCAUAAAAUUCUAUGAUGUUUGUGACUUGUCGUGAUUUCUUGAAUAA